AUGGCCAGUCAAACAAAUGCCAAGCUUCAGAUGAAUCAUGACCAAUUAGACACAGACAAUUGGAUGAUCAAUGCCAACAUCACACUCAUCAAUGCACUAAGUCAAGGCCUUGCGCCUACAGCCAAUUCGCCCGAGCACCUGAGCCUUCAAAACCGCCAACUCAAACUGGAUGUCCAGCUCCAAGAGGUGGAAAUUGCUAUGCCCAAGCCGCUUUGGCCGCAGAGGAAUCUUCAAGUGCAGCUUUUGCCUGGGCAAGGAUGCUCCAGGACUUCAUUCAAUCGGGAUUAG